AUGGUGUCGCCGUCCGCCACGCGCAACGUGCUGCACACCUACGGCAAACGGGGCAUCUACAUUUCGUUCGCCGCCGCUGUCGUCUCGACUGUCGCCUUCAACGCGUUCUACGUCUGGCCACGUCACAACAAAUACGAGGAGUUCUUCGCGUAAGUUACUUUUUAAAAAAUUCGAGAAGGAGGUCAAUAUUUAAGAAUUUUCAAACGUAAAAAGCCUAAAACACGUUCAUUUUUACAGAAACUACGAUCCGUACACGCGCAUGAAGGAGAUUUGCGCGGCGAACAAGGGAUACAUGCACACGUGCCCGAAAGAGCUCGCCAAACUGUACGAGGAGAAGGGCAAAACGGUCGCCGAGCACUAA